AGGGGAAAUUUCCGCGCAGGGGGAGCUCGGAGAUCGCGCCGACCUGGGUCCCUAUCCAGGCGCUGCGUGCCCUUGGACGAGGGGCUUUCCCUCUCUGAGUCCCAGUUUCCUCCUCGGUAAAACUAGUAAAGGGUGUUCGCGGGGCUGGAUUGAGUGAGAUCUGACGGGCAACGCGCCCCGCCCGCAACAGGAGCGCAGCAAAUGGGCAGGCGCUCCGCCCCUCAGUCUCCCUGUCUGUGAAAUGGGAACCCGGUCGAGGAGGGCGGGGAACCCAGGAGCCCCCGGACCUCGGUGAGGAGUGCGGGGCGAGGGGCGAGGGGCGCCCUCCCUCCCUCGGGCCUCCUUUUCCUCGCCGGCACCGCCCCCUCCCGGCUUCGGAGGCCGCCAGUCGGCCAGCGCGCAUGCCCGGGGCGGGGCGCAAGGCGAGAGCGCCGAGCGGGCGCGGGGGACGGCGGCGCGGAGUCCGCGGGUCCGCCCGCCAGCCCCGCCGGAGGCAGCCGAGGCCGCUCGGGCGGCGGCGGCGGCGGGAGCCGGAGCGCAGCGCGCCAAGGAGACGGAGAGGCAGCACUGUCGGCUUGCUGCCCAUCCCCUGCACUCACUCAGCCCAAACGUGCACACCCCUGCAAGUCUACGCUUGCCCUCCUGUGGAUGAAUGGAUGGAUGGUCUGGGGCCACUUCUGGAGAAAGAACCAGAUAGCAGCCUGGGGCACAAGUAUGGUCAGGAGGGCAGUUGGGCAGUGCUGAAGACCCAGCCCGGCUCCAGCUUCUUUGAAAGAACUCCAGCCCCCAGCCCCUCAGCCCACAGCCCUCUGCUGCCCACAGGAUGGGAGCCUGGGGGCUGGGAACCCAGCCAUGAGGGACUGCUGCCCCUCCCAGCAGAAGGCCAGCCCUGCACCCUCUAGGCACAACCCUGCCCCAAGCCCAGGCAUGGACUCCAGACACAGCAGCCCCGCUGGGGCUGGGGAAGGGGCCUCCUGUUCUGAGGGCCCUGGCGGGAGCUUGGCCUGCCCCUCCCUGACCUUCAUCCCUCCCCAAGAGGCAGCUACCAAGGAGACAUUGGGGGCACAUGGAGCCUUGAUCUCAGGGACACCAGAAGCCACCUUCUCUGGGAAGCCAGAACCUGUGUCCUCAGCGAAAACUGAUCCCUCAUCCUUGGAGAACAGAAAUCCUAUGUUUUCAGAGAAGAUGGAUUCCAAGUCUUCAAAGCAGGCAGAUUCCACUUUCAUAGGAAAGGAAGAUGCUGGGUCCUUGAGGAAGGCAGAUCCCAUGUUUAUAGUAAAGACAGAGCCUACAGUCUUGGGAAAAGGGGAUCCUGUGGCUUCUGGAAGGAUGGAUCCUGUGACCUCAAGAAAGGAGGAUCCUGGAUCCUUGGGAAAGGUAGAUCCUGUGUGCUCUGACAAGGUGGAUCCAGUGUCCCCAGGGAAGGAAGAUCCUGUAUCCUCUGCCAAAUUGGAUCCUGAGUUCCCAAGAAAGGAGGAGCCCAGGUAUUCAGGAAAAGAGCUUCCUGUGGCCUCAGAAGAGGUGGCUCUUGCAUCUGUGGGGAAGGCAGACCUUGUGUCCUUGGGAAAGAGAGAUCCUGGGCCCUCAGGAAAGAUGGAUCCUGGGUCCUUGGAAAACACAGAUUCUGCAACUGCAGGAAAGCUAGAUCCUGGGUUCUUGGCAAUACUGACUCCAGGGUCAUCAGGCAAAACUGAGCCUGUGUCUCCAGGAACAGUGGCUCUGGGGUCCUCCAGAAGGAUGGAUCCUACUCACUUGGUGAUGACAGAUCCUGCAUCAAUGGGAAGUGCAGAAACCGGGUCCUCCACAAAAGAGGACCCUCAGUUCCUGGGGAAGAUGGAUCCUACCUCCUUGGGAAAGGGAGAUCCCAUGUCUAUGAGAGUGAUAAAAACCAUGUCUGCUGGGCAGGUGGAUGCUGUAUUUUCAGGAAAGAUGGAACCCACAUCUUUGAAAACUGUGGAUCCUGUGUCUUCAGGCAGGGUGGGUCAAGUUUCUUUGGGAAAGAUGGAUCCUGUGCCCUCAGGAAAGCCAGAGCCCUUGUCUACUGGGCAGGCAGAACCAAUGUCUGUCGGAAAGACAGAAACUGUCUUAUCACAAAAGGAGGACCCAAUGCCCUCCACAAAGGCGGAUCCCAUUUCUGUGGGACAUACAAAAACAUCAUCUUCUGGAAAAGUGAAUCCCGAAUCGAAAGGAAGGAUAGACCCUGUGCCCUCAGGUCCAGGGAAUCCCAAAUUCUUGGGGACAGCAGGACCCUCAUCCUCUGUAAAAGCUGAGACAGUGACUGAGGGGAAAACAGAUCCACUGUCCUCAGAGAAGGCAGGUCCUAUGGUUUCUGGAAUAGUGGGUCCCACAGCCUCAGGGAAGGCUGACCCCCUGGCCUUGGGCAAGGUAGACACUGUGAGCAGAGGGAAGGCAGAAAGUGCUCCCCCUGGAGAAGUGGAUUCUGUGUCUUCGGGAAAAGUGGCCCCCAUGAUCCUAGAAAAAACGGUCCUGGCAUCCUUGGGAAAAGCAGACGCUGUCCCAGAGGGAAAGGUGGAUCCUUUGCCUCCAGAGAAGGGGAAUCCUAUGAACUCCACAAAGGUGGAUCCCAGGGCCUCAGGGAAGGCAGAACCCAAGUCUGAGGGCAAAGCAGAAACAAAGCCCCUUGGGCAGGAGGGCCCUGUUUCAUGGGGAAAAGCAGAGGCUGCAUCUCUGCGGGAGAAGCCACUGGCCUUGGAGAAAGGGGAGCCGGAAUCCUCAGGAAAAGUAGACCCUAUUGCCCCUGGGAAGGUGGAGCCUGUGAUCCCGGGGCAGGCCGAUGCUGCGCCUCCAAGGAAAGCAGAGUCCCCAUCCUCGGGGAAGUUGGCCCCCCCGACUCUGGAGAAGGCAGAGGCCUCCUCCUCCAGGCAGUCAGAUGGCAAACCCUGCGGCCCAGGCCCUUCUCCCGCGGGGGCCGGUAGUGGCGGAGGCCUCUUGGAGCCAGUGCCCAGCACGGAGGCCUCCAGCCCAGGCCAGAAAGACCUGGUGGCCGCUGGGGCUGAGAGAAGCCCGGGCCCUGAAGCCACAGGGCCCCCACCCGGGCCGCGGACUCGUGACAACUUCACUAAGGCUCCGUCGUGGGAGGCGAGCGCCCCGCCACGCGAGGACGCGGGGACGCAGGCGGGCGCGCAGGCCUGCGUGUCGGUGGCCGUGAGCCCCAUGUCUCCGCAGGACGGCGCGGGCGGCCCGGCCUUCAGCUUCCAGGCGGCGCCUCGCGCGCCCAGCCCGGCGCCCAGGCCACCCUCGCGCCGGGACGCGGGCCUGCAGGUGUCGCUGGGCGCCGCCGAGACGCGCUCCGUGGCCACCGGGCCCAUGACGCCGCAGGCGGCCGCGCCGCCGGCCGCGCCACCCGCCUUCCCCGAAGUGCGGGUGCGGCCCGGCUCCGCGCUGGCGGCCGCCGUGGCGCCCCAGGAGGCGGCCGAGCCGGUGCGCGACGUGAGCUGGGACGAAAAGGGCAUGACGUGGGAGGUGUACGGCGCCGCCAUGGAGGUGGAGGUGCUGGGCAUGGCCAUCCAGAAGCACCUGGAGCGACAGAUCGAGGAGCACGGCCGCCAAGGGGCGCCUGCGCCGCCGCCGCCCGCCGGCCCGGGACCGGGCUCGGGCCCGGGCCGUGCGGGCUCGGUGCGCGCGGCGCCCGCCGAGGGUCCCGCCAAGCGCCCGCCCGGCCUCUUCCGCGCGCUGCUGCAGAGUGUGCGCCGGCCGCGGUGCUGCUCCCGAGCCGGACCCACGGCCGAGUGAUCUGCUCCCCUUUUAUACGCCCGGGUUUCCAGCCUUUCCAGGCUCCCUUCUUGAGCCCAAGAUCCUAGAAGGGAUCGCCUCGACGGGCGGGAGGCCCACUGAGCGGUGGGCAGCCUCUAGGGCCUUCUCAUCCUCUUCUUCCCAGCCUCCUCCCCUGCCAAACUCACAAAUGAACCCUCUCUACCCGGCCCCCUCAUGGUCAUGGGACCACGAACCCAGCCCCGACACACACACACACACCCCGUCCCCUUCCAGCUCUCAGCUCCACUCCUUCCCCGUCACCCGGGGUUACCUUGGGGAUCUGCUCAGCAGGCCGGGCCCUGAGAGCUGAGGCAGGCUCCUGAGAUGUCCAGGCUGGUAGGCUGAAGUCUUCAGUGGCUGCCUGGUCCCCAGAACGGGAGAGACUGUGUACAAAAGCUCCAAGUGUGCAAGGAUUGGUGUGUGAGACCCCUGAGUGUGCAAGGCUUCAAAUAUGGGGCCCCCGGAAGAGUGGUGUGUGUCCAUGCGGUGGGCUGGCCCCCAUGGCCGGGGCAUGUCUUGCAUGCUGGUAGUCGUCCCCAACUCCUAUCUCCCCCUCAUCUGGCCCAGCCCCCAGCCCUAUCCACCCUCACUGGACACUGUUCACAAUUCCUGACAGGGGGAAGGCAGCUGCAGGAAUGCCGUGGGGGCGCAGUUGGAAAGAGAGUCUCAGACAGGUCUGGGAAUCAGUCAGAAGCCAGUGGAAAGUCUUGGGUCGCAGGCAGCCUGACAGCUGGUCUUGUUUUUUGGGGGCAGGACGGAGAGCUCACUCUACAACCACAGCUGUCCUUUAAAGGCUGCCCUCUUCACCCCUCGUCCCCGUGUGCUGUGAGCCCCACGAGUCCCUUGUGACCACUCAAUACCCCUGUCCCCACCCCCCCAGCCACAGUUUUUGGCUACAAACUGUCACAAUAUACGUUGGUAAUAAAAUUUUCCCCCAGUUCUUGUC